AUGUCGCAACCUUUCGUAUGCCGGCCAUGUUUGCAGCGCAUUCAACGACGUGGCCGUCAGUCCUUCAACGCUGGCCAAGCCCAGGUGCUCCUCCAAGCUCGACACGAAAGCACCGUGGUCAGCCCGUCCUCUGGCCAAAUGCCGUUCAGGAUUCGAAAGAUCAAACCAAAGUACCUAGCAUCCGAUCCUGGCAUCGACAUGAUCAGGAAUCGACCGGAUUUCUUCGCGCGACAAUCCGUUCAACGCAUCGAGGCCGAGACGGCCGCAACCCCGACGAAGACUGGCCCUUGGGCACACGAGCUGGCACGAGAAAAGAAUACGAGAUACCAGGAAUACGGAUACUUGCGGCAUCAUCUCAACGAGACAGAACUGAAGCGCUUUGCGAACUGGAAGAACGACUUUAUCAGGCUAUUCGAGUUUGCGGCGCGAGGUUCCUCUUAUAAGGUGCCUGAAAGGCUGAAUUGGAUUAUGGACCGUCAAGCCGUUGAACAUGCGAUCGAAAACUGGGCUUCAUGGCCCAUUCAAAAGAGAGCUGAUUCUGAAAGUUGGCAUACUCUCACAUUUUCCGCUCUAUGGUCUUGCCCUGAUCGAGCGCUGCCUCUUCUUGAGAUUACCACCGAGGACUUUACACCACCGGGCUAUGCUCUCAAGGAUGCUGUUCACUUUCUUGCCAAAUGGCAAGGUCAAGAGUUGGCUGGUGACGCACUUGCAACUCAUGCCAAGUCUCUGUGCGAUUUUGUUAUUGCGAUCAUCAACAAGACGCCUCAAAAUCAUGUUCGUCUACCGCAAAACACCAUAUACAACCUUACGGCCACCACGAGCAUCGAGAAUGUUGAGGCACUUUAUCAUUGCCUGAGGGAAAAUGGCCACAAUCUACACCAUCAUACUUUGUUACACAUGGCUAGCCGACUUGCAAAGACCCCGCAAAACAAGGAGCUUGCUCUGCAGAUGGCCAUCGAAGCUAUCGAAGACGGAGGCGCCGAUCUCAACUCAAGUCAGUGGUCAAGUCUCUGCACCUCCAUUCUUGCCCUUGAGCCCAAGAACAUCAAAACAAGCGACGAGUUCUCCGCUGCGGACGCAUUUGGUGUCCUCCUUGAGCAUGACUUCGUCCCCAAUAUGGUUAACUAUACGGCAGUAAUCAGGUCGCUGUGCUUGACGGGCCAACCGGGGAAGGCUUGGGAAGUUUUCCAGGUCAUGCAACGGCACGACAUCGAGCCGGAUUCUAUCAUGUGGUCUACCCUUCUCGACGGAGCGAAGAGAGCUCUUUCGGCAUCCACUGUCGAACGUGUUGUAGAAGGUGCUGCCGAGCACAAUGCAAUCGAUGUGCCGUUCCUCAAUGAUUUGUUGUUUUCCCUCCUUCACUUCUCUGAGGCGGAGACUAAAGACAACAAGAGUGCAGGCCCUGGCUCUGUGCCAGCCUUCGGCCCGAUGCUGCACUUCUACUCCAAGAUCUUUCAUCUUGCGCCUUUGCAGUCGCUCAUCCCAGUCGACCUCUCGCGUUACCUCGAUGCCUCACGGGGUUUGGAGAUGCCCGCGGACUGGCAAUUAGCCCGGCAGUUGUUCCCUGCAUUAGAUGCGGCCAUGUCCGCAGUCCCGGACAAGCUGAGCCCGACAGGCGCCACUCUGGGCAUUAUGUUCAUAGCCUACGUGAAGAGUCUCUCACAGCCGAUCAAUCUGAUCUCGCUCUACGCCUAUUUCAGACAACUCAUCUCCAACGGCAGUCCCGUCGCCACCAACUUCGUCCGAGAAAAGGGCACUUUCGUAUACGACGUUGUCAUCAAGGCGCUAUGCGAGUCGCCGGGCAUGCUCCGCGCGGCCUUAGAUAUUAUUGGCGACAUGCUCAAGCACACGCUCGAGGAGCGAAGCAAGUCCACCAGCGCCACGAAGAAACUGGCAGUCGAGGCCACUCUUGCUACAUCGUCGUCGCCCUCGCUGCCGCUUCACCCGGCGCCAAGCGUCUUCACAUGGAGCAUCCUCCUGCAUGGAUUUCUGUUCCACAAGGAGAAGGGCUCGGGGGAACGCAUCCUCGCCAUGAUGCGUCAGCACGGCGUGGAGCCGAACCUCGUCACAUGGAACACCUUGGUCGCAGGCCACGCCAAGAACCAGGACGUCAAUAAGACGGUGCAGUCGCUACAGCGGCUCGAGGCCGCAGGGUACGAGGCAGACGACUAUACGCUGAGAGCAUUCUCCAAGUUGGUGAAUAGAGAGGCUGCUUUGAGGAAGAUGGAGGAAACUAUCGACAGAAAGAAGAGAAACACGGAGGCCAGGGCAAAGCUUGUGCUUGAUGCCGAUAUUGGGUUGCAGCUGUGA